AUGGGUUAUUCAAUAUCCCAGCCAAAGCAAUACACUCCGCCCACUGUUAAACCUGUAGUGUUUAGCAUCGAGAUAUUUGAGUUAGUAGCGGACUAUUUGUUUGAAGUCAGCCCAUUCAUUCUCCAGAGCAACAAAGAGCCCGAAAUGAUUUGCUGCCGGAAGCCUCCAUGGGAGGAAGUAUCCGGGUUCAUGAAUGCGAGCUCGGCGCUUCAUUCUAUCGGCAUGGUCCGGUGGGUUAGUGUGCUUAGCAUCCAUACCCCACAAGAUUGGCAUACUGCUCUCCGCUACCGCGAUUCGGUUAGAGAACUAAAUUGCCUCGAUGGCUGCUUCAAUACGACAGAGUCUGGAACAGUCCUGGCUCACUUUCGCCGACUUUAUACCAUAUCGAUCGAUUCGCAUAGCGACAUUCAACGUAGCGCUGAUACGGGUCGCUUCUCUUACUAUACCCUCCUCACUACUCUUCCUUCAUCAGUUCUUCGACUUCACGUUAAAAAUGCACAUUCUCCUGCUAUCAAUAUAAUUAAUGUAGUUAAGCGUUAUGCUCCUAAUCUGGAGGAGCUCUGGUUAGGAAGAUGCACUAUGUUUAACCGUUCUCCGGCAUGCGGAUUCUGGAGUGCGUUCCCAUUGGAACAUAAUUCGUAUAUUGCUCUAGAAGGAACUGAUGACUAUGCACACUCCCUGGCUCAAGAGCUUCAGCCUCUCCAAAGACUCACAACGUUGUAUACGGGCAUAUACAUGGCCCCUUCCGACAUAGUACUUGCCCACCGGGUCUUUCACACUCGCCAAUCUAUCGCCCCGCAGGAAAUCAAUUGGGAACAUGCAGUUGUCAUGCAGGAAGGUAUCCAGGGGAUACAAGCCGAGCACUCGGUUGCUCAAGAGAUAGUAUCUCUUAGGAGACUGAAACAACUUAGACUCGGGGUUUACCUUGUUCCCUCCGCAACUGUGCUCGCUCACCGUGCCUAUCAUCUUCGAGAAGUGGCAGCGCCUGUUCCAGUGAAUUGGCAGCAGGCUCUCAUUGACUCUGGACAGCAACCUGCCGUAAAUGAACCGCCCGACGAACCUCUGCUUAUCGAGUUUUAUCACCGCGACGAGGAAGCGGAAAGCAAGUUUGGACCAGACACUUGCUCAUUCUGUCGAGAUGGAUUUUACGAACAAUCGAGGGCUCUCGAACGUAGCGCAAGCGCAGUGAUGAAAGCAAUGGUCCCAUCACUGGAAAGCGUAGAGUGGAUGGAUUGGUUUAGCCCCUACCACCUAGGUGUCAGCAGAUGCGAUGUCGGCCCGGGUGCUGCCAGAGUUUGA